GGCGCGUAAAGGCGCGCAGAGGGCGGCUGAGCGAGGGGCUCCUUUCUCUCAUUGCUCCUGCUUUGCCCGCCUCAACCUCCCCGGCUCUGAACUAGGGAGCACUGAGCCCGCUUUGCCUGCCUGCCUUCCUCCUCGCCGGCGGUGGCUGCCAUGGCUGGGCAGAGUAGCCCGGCUCUUUCUGCCCUCUCCCUCCUUUUCUUAACGGCAGGACUAACUGUAUGCUGUGCCUCCUCAGCCAGUGUACCUGCUUCCAGCACUGCUUCUCCCUCAAACAUAUUUACCUCAGGAACAGUGGAACCAGAUCAUGUAACUACAACACCCAGCAAUAGCAUUCUAGCAAGUACCAGACUGCCAGCUACACCAUUGACCUCUCUUUCCUUCGGAACCACAUUGCGGGAUUCAGCACAGGCUACCAGCGCAGGUACUACAGCUACAGAUGCAAAGAUCGAGGUUUCGUCAACAACUCCUCUAUUGAGAACAUCAGACAUGAGUAUUUCAACAGCACCACAGACAAUCACUGGAUUACAAAGCACAGAAAACAUAAACACUUCUGUGACACCUGUUGCUAGUACUACAAUGGAAAACUUUACACACUCCCAAACCCUAGCAUUCACCUCUUCACAGAGUUUACAUGAAUCAUCCACCAUCAUUGCACCAUCUGAUAUUACCAAGCUUAGCACAGUCGAUGCUACCCAGUCGCCAAGCACUGAAACAUCAGUACCUGUGGUCACAAGUAAGAAAGCACAUACCAUAGAAGUAACUUCUGGAAAGACCCAUGUGACAUCCACCUCUUCAGGCCCAUUGGAAUCCCUUACCUCUACAGAAGCCUUAACAAGUAAAAAGAUUUCUCCAGAGCCCUUGCCGGCUGAGGGCACCACGUUCUCUGCAGGGAUAACCAUAGAAGAGGUUCAGCGUGCUUUGAGUCCAGGUGACAUUGCAGCUAUUACUAUAACAGUGAUGCAGUGGUGUGUUGGUUUUCGGCAUUGCUGCAUUCUGAAGAUCAGACAUACUUCUUAUGGAAGACUCUUUGAUGAUCAUGACUAUGGAUCCUGGGGAAACUACAACAACCCUUUGUAUGAUGACUCUUAAUCAAAGAAUUUAACACCAGAAAUUGUUAUGAAGUACUUGUUCCACUAAAAGCACCAAGGUCUGAUAUCCUGCUACACAUGGCUCCCAUGUUUUUGCUCCUCCGUACCAUUUUUCCUAAUGAACAUUUUUUAUUUCAGUACACUCCAAAAUCCUUGAAAUGAAAUGGACUGAGGUGAAGCGUAUAGUAACAAAACAAGGCAAAGCUUGGAAUUUGUUGCCACUGGAGUAAGCAGGUCUUUACUUAUUUUUCUGCAAAAGAAGGAAGUCUGUGGGAACUGCUCAUGUCAGGAUUGCUGUGACCAUUGUAUUCCCAGAAACUUUUUUUUAAUGAAAAGUGAAGCUUUAAUAGGAGAUCUGCCAAGAAGAAAGUAUGUGGCUUUUUUAGUUGUCAAUUAGCAAAGGUUUACGGAAGGCUUUGCUCAGGAGGGAGUCUCUAAAGUUUAAUACCAGAUCUUGGCUUUUGCUUUAUUUGCCUUUAACCAGCUUGUCUUGAGAGUGUUCUAAUUAAAAUACAACUGAAGGUUGGAAGAACAGCCUAAUAUUGCACUGAGGUUCUUGUUAAGUGUUAAGCAUCUACUUUUAACACAGAAGGAGAAAUGCAGAGAACACAAGAGCUGCUGCUACAGAUGCUGGCCCUAAGUCAUGUUCCCCUCUUUUGUUUCAUUAAUGUCUACCAUGUGUCUUGCUGCCAUUUCUUCCACCAAUUGCAGCAGAGGAAUUCACAUUGGAACAGUGUGAGAAGUUGAACAUGUAAGCUGAGCUAGACAUAACUGAGGGGAAAGGAGAAUGCACCGAAUGCUGCCAUUUGAAAUGGAAGCCCUAGUGUUUUUCUGACAUAAAGUUCUGCCCAAAGACUGGUGAGAGGGGAAUAUAGGGUGGCAAAGCCUUACCAUCUUGAGAGAUUUAUUUUUGUGAGGCUAUAAGAGCAUACAAUCAGCCAUGAGCCCUCACAUCUAGCCAUGAAGCAUCUUUGUAGAUUAAAGUUGUUGUUGCUUCCCAGAUAACAGGAGAUCUAAUGCUAUGGACUUUUAAUAAAGUUUGUUUUGCUGGGACCACUGGAAAAGCAAACUCUGUAUGUUUAACAGUGUGUUGCUUUGCAGUAUAUAUAACUCUGCAUUUAUGUUUAAAGAAUGAGAGGUUAUCCAUGUAAACAAGAAUGUGCCAGUCACAUUUGAUAGUACCCUACAAACAGAUUGCCAUCUAAUUCGGGUACGUUUUGCAUAUGAAAUAUGAAAGCUUUUUAACCAUUUAGGCCAGAAGGGUGUUACCAAGCAAUCAAGAAUGCAGACAAAAGUACUGUAAAGCUACCUGAAGGAUCAACUCGCUUUAGCUGAAGACAGUGGAGAAAGUAAAAUGAGACACAAUAAACAAAACCAAAAAUCCGAACCCUAAAAUACGCCAGAUGCUAAAUUCACAAAAGUGAAAAGUUAAAUCAGAACCCCCAAACACAGUGAAAUAAAAUUUUGAUAGCAAACUGAAAUGCACUCAGAUGUAGGGAGUUUUACAACCUGUAUUUACUGAAAAAGCCUCAUCUUCUAUCCUAGCCAGUUUGGACUUCUUAUCGGCAGUGUGACAUGAAGCAGAACAUCUAUGAAUGGUCACAGUAGUCGGAAGGUAACUGCAGGGGAAAGCUAAUCUAACAUAUAAUGCUGUUUUGGUGGUCACUGUGGGUAUGCCUACAAUACUUGCUCUGUUUUCAAAGUGAUAGUGUCAGCUUUCCUGGUGGAAGUGUGGAGGAGCUCAAGUUACACUGAUACUCCCACUUUAGCUGAGAUUUUACAGUUUACACAGCACCAUUAAUACUGAAACAAAUACUGUUUUAAAGCACAGAUAACAGUAAAGCAUGAAUAGAGAGAUUCAGAUGGAAUACAAAAUUGACAUUUCCACUUUUGCACUAAUCUACAUACUUUUAAAAUAGUAUUUAAUUUGUUAAUUUGUGAGGCCUGUGAGUAUCAAUAUCAUUGCGUAUAAAAUGAAAAGUUGAGGAAGGGAGUGCAUGGUAACCCUUGUGAGGAGGCAUCAUUCUGGAACUGGAGAGGUCAACUUAUCAAACUGGGCAUACACCUAAUUUUGCAAUUUAGAAGCAACCGAGAUGCAAUAUUUUAAAGAGAAAGUUUGAAUCCUAAAGGGUAAAGAGCAAGUGAUGACUAAGAAUAAACAGUACUUUGCGAACAUCCUUUCCAACAAAGGCGGAGGAAGAAAUGUUGGGCAUUAAUGGAUGGAAAUUUAAAAGUGAUUGGCAUGCUGGAAAAGGGGGCUAAUGUAAGCCUACUUUUCCUCAAAGGGCUCUACAUAUUUCAUAUUUUUUUAAAAACACACUUAAGUAAAAAUGGUUAGCUGCUGUAAAGCGUAGUUGACAUCGCUUGCUUUGAAAAUGAGCUUAGACUGAUUCUGGAAAAUGGCAAUAUGAUGAUUUACCAUAACUCUCCUGGGUGUUAUGAGUGACCAGGAUAGUGUAUGGGCAGCAGUGGGAGAUAGCCCCCCAGUGUGAUUUUUAUAAGCCAUUUAGAUAAGCUCUUAUGUUUAAUUUUUUAAUUUAUUUUUAAAAUGCUGUCUUCAACUUCUGGAGGUUCAUGGAGCAGAAAGUUAGGUCCUUAGACCUAGCAUGAUUGCCCAUUCCUGCACUAAUCCUAUCUGUGAGGCAGGGACCAUCAUGUGGCACUGAUGUUAUACAUUAAGACCAGUUACCAGAGGUGAGACCAUCUUAGCAAAUAAUAAUAAUAAUAAUAAUAAUAAUAAUAAUAAUAAUAAUAAGUAGUAGUAGUAGUAGUAAUGAUUAUGUUCAGGAUAAACCCUUGACCCAGCAAUCACAAUGGAAUAUUUCACUUUACUUCAUCUGAAUGUUCUGAAUGUUCCUGAUAGCAUAAAACAGGUCUUAUAAUAUUUUCCUAUUGUGUUUAAUCUUCAGUCAAACCACCCAAUUUAAAGUAGCAUAACCUCAUGUAGGGUACACUUACCUUAAGGCUUUAGUCCAAAUCCUCAACUGAACUAAAGGUGACGUGCACGUAACUGAGUUUCCUAAAUGCAUACUUUUUAAAAGUAACAAUAAUGCUCUCUCCUCUGUAUUGUCUACUCUGUUUAAUUUACUCUCAAAGUUUCAACAGAAGGACCCACCUUUACCCUAUGUAUGUACAGUGAGCCCUUGUAUACAAUACUAUCUGAAUCACCACCUUUGUCUGCCAUAGAUGUCUCACUGCCUAAGAUAGGCAAGAACAAAGAGAUGUAAAUACAGUCGUGUCUCCAUAUCCACAGAUUCUUUAUCCACAGAUUCAGCCAUCCACAGCUUGAGAAUAUUCA